AGCUCUUCAUUCGUAAGUGAAUACCAAAUCUCAACACAAGAACUAUGGUCAAACCAUUGUCCUUCAAAGGUGAUAAGAAAACGAAGAAAAGAAAGCGCGUUGAUACCGCCGAGAAGUUUGGAGACUCGGAAGCGUCAGCCUCCAAAGCAAUUGCAAACCCCCAGGAAGAAGACGCCGCGCCGGAUGAUGAUACCUGGGUGACGGCAGAAGCUGCGGCUGAUGUAGUUGGGCCGGUGGUAUUUGUUUUACCUUCAGAUCCACCAUCAUGCAUAGCCUGCGAUACAAAUGGAAAGGUAUUUGCAAGUGCGCUGGAGAAUAUGAUCGAGAACAAUCCUACCACUGCCGAACCUCACGAUGUAAGACAAGUAUGGGUUGCCAAUAAAGUAGCAGGUACGGAGACUUAUAGUUUCAAAGGUCAUCAUGGAAAGUAUUUGAGUUGCGAUAAAUUCGGAAUUCUAUCAGCCAACACGGAAGCUGUGUCACCCUUGGAAUCUUUCAUAUCGAUCCCAACAGCCGAUACUCCAGGCACAUUUCAGAUACAAACACUGCGAGAUACAUUCUUGACGAUAAAGCCACUUGCAUCUGCAAAGGAGAAUGCUUUACCAGAGAUCCGAGGAGAUGCUGAUUCAAUCAAUUUCAAUACUACUAUACGAAUUAGAAUGCAAGCAAGAUUCAAACCAAAAUUGAAGGCUUCCAAAGAAGAAAGAGCCAGUCAGAAAAUAAGCAGGAAGGAGUUAGAAGACGCCGUGGGCCGAAGACUGGAUGACGAUGAGGUGCGCAAACUCAAGAGAGCAAGGAAAGAAGGCGAUUACCAUGAGGCAUUACUUUUGAUCAAGGUAAAGAACAAGCAUGAUAAGUACAGCUGAGAAGUUAUCAACUAGCAGAGCAUCCAAAUAAAGUCAAUGGGCAAAUUUACGGAAGGCGAUAUGAUAGCUGACAACGGUCAAUACUUUUGAUUCGGCCAAAAAGCAAAUAAUACUAAGUUGCUCCACUGUAGCCAGGAAAUCUACAAUGAGUUUUGGAAUCCGAGAAGUGGAACGAUGCAGCAAUAUACUUAGGGACGGAAUGAGAGUUAGGAAUUCUCGAUCAAAUUAUCGAAAUUCGAUAGAUCAUGUGAUAGCAAUAAUUUAAUAUCAAAUCUCUUCCCUUGGCUGUGAAAAUAUCAGAUGUCA